GCAGCUCGGCGCUCGGGCCGCUGGUGGGUCCCUUCACCGUCCGCCCUUCCCCUAGCGAAAUCUCCGGGCCUGCUGAGCGGGUCCCCGCGCCUGCCUGGGCACGUGAACCGGGGACCAUGAGCGUGGGCUUCAUCGGCGCGGGCCAGCUGGCCUGUGCGCUGGCGCGGGGCUUCACGGCGGCAGGCGUCCUGUCGGCUCACAAGAUAAUAGCCAGCUCCCCGGAAAUGGACCUGCCCACGGUGUCCGCUCUCAGGAAGAUAGGUGUGAACCUGACCCGUAGCAACAAGGAGACGGUGAAGCACAGUGAUGUCCUGUUCCUGGCUGUGAAGCCACACAUCAUCCCCUUCAUCCUGGACGAGAUCGGGGCUGAUGUGCAAGCCAGGCACAUCGUGGUCUCCUGUGCGGCCGGUGUCACCAUCAGCUCUGUGGAAAAGAAGCUGAUGGCGUUCCAGCCGGCCCCCAAAGUGAUUCGCUGCAUGACCAACACACCUGUGGUAGUGCGGGAGGGUGCCACAGUGUACGCCACAGGUACCCACGCCCUGGUGGAGGAUGGGCAGCUCCUGGAGCAGCUCAUGAGCAGCGUGGGCUUCUGCACCGAGGUGGAGGAGGACCUGAUCGAUGCCGUCACAGGGCUCAGCGGCAGCGGGCCUGCCUAUGCGUUCAUGGCCCUGGAUGCAUUGGCCGACGGUGGGGUGAAGAUGGGCUUGCCACGGCGCCUGGCAGUCCGACUGGGGGCCCAGGCCUUGCUGGGAGCUGCCAAGAUGCUGCUGGAUUCAGAGCAGCACCCAGGCCAGCUCAAGGACAAUGUCUGCUCCCCUGGGGGGGCCACCAUCCAUGCCCUGCACUUUCUAGAAAGUGGGGGCUUCCGCUCACUGCUCAUCAAUGCAGUUGAGGCCUCCUGUAUCCGAACACGGGAGCUGCAGUCCAUGGCUGACCAAGAAAAAAUCUCCCCAGCUGCCCUGAAGAAGACCCUCCUCGACAGAGUGAAGCUGGAAUCCCCCACAGUCUCCACACUGGCCCCCUCCAGCCCAGGGAAACUCCUCACACGAAGCCCAGUCCUGGGAGGCAAGAAGGACUAAGGCAGCCUUUGUCUUCCUUUCUGUGAUCCAAAGCCAUUGGUUGAGUGGCCUCAGCCUCCCCUUGUCCCUCUCCAGCGAUGCACAGAGUGGGCAGACUCAGGUAGUUUUCAGGUUCUUGUGAUAAAUCCUCCUUACAUCUGUUCAGGCCAAGCAGCACUAGCUUCCUCUCCUGUGCCAGGUUUGAAGAUGCUCUGAAGGAGUGGUUGGUACUAGAAGCCAGACAACACUGCACAUCUCCAACAGUUGGCGGAGAGAGAGGGGCUAGGGCUGGAGUCAGACCAGCUCGGUAGGAAAGUCCAGGGGUACCUACAACUGGGAUCCUCCAACUGGAGCCCAAGCCAGGGCUGGUUUGACACCAAGGCAAGGAGGUGAGAGGAAAACAUGAAAUGGGCUUUUCUCUGAAUUGAUGCCUGGAGAAGAAGUGAGCAACUUGGAAUUAUCACAAUCAAAAGUGUACAGAAUUAAACUGUGCUUAUAUUUAACUCUUGCUUCAUAGGAGUGCCAUUUAAAGAGUGUUAUUCAAUGCCAAGUUUACCUGCUUUAAUAAAGUUUAUUUUUUAGUAUUCUG